GCUUUUGAUCUACACAAAGUGAUAUGCCAUACCAGCUCAGAUAACGAACAAAAAGCUGAAACAGAAACUGAAGCACAGAAACUGGAGACCACAGUUACAAAGCAUCCGAAAUUGGAAGGAGAGACCACAGAAAUAAACCCAACUAAUGGUCCUAAAGAACAUGAAAAGGUUCCAGCAUCACACUCAGGAGAGAAAUUAGAGAUCGAGGAUGAUGCCGAAUUCAUACAUGAGGAAGCAAAAGAGAUGGAAGAAGCAACUGAUAUGCACUUACGAAAAACUGCAACUGCAAGUGUGCCUAACGAUGAAGACCGGUCAACAUUGCCCACAUCAGCAAUAGUCAAAGGUGAGACGGUUGAGGAAAUCUUACAGCAACAAACACUUCAGGAAGAGGAAUCAGCAGCUAUAGGUAUCGACAAGAGCUGCAGACCAGGAAAUGAACUCGAGGAAAAAAACAAAGCUGUUGAGGUUAGGCCUUAAUGAUGUUAACAAUAGAAUAAUAACAUACAUAUCUGCUUGAUGUUUCAAACAAGUAAAUUGCUCAUGCAUAGACAUCCAUGCGAGCAGACAAUCAUUUAUUUUCUUCAUUUGUAAUACAAAUUUGAUUCUGAUACUGCAUAUCUUAAAACAGGUAUUCGAUCAACCUGAAACUAUGGUCAAGGUGGGUGCAAAAAAUGGAGAACAUGCUGACCACCAAUUAGAAGCAUCACACGUGUUGAGCGUGACUGCAAACCAUAUCAAUGCAAAAGGAAUGCUCACAUUGGAAAGCAGUACAAAAUCAAGUUAUGAUGUGAACGAACCAGAGAACAUUCCAGUAUCACACCUGAUUGAGAAUUCACUGAUCCAGGAUGGUAACAAAAACACACUAGAGAAUCAACAGUUAUCAAAGAAUCAAUUAAUGUAGAGUUACAAAAAUAUGAAGCAGAGAGUAAUUAUGUUUUGAAAAUUUACUAACUUGCUCUUUUGAUUUUACUGAAUUUGAUUGACAUCUUAGACGCAAACAAAAGGAAGUUUUUCUUCCAAGGGAAUAAAAAAAGACCUACAUGGUUUUCUAAAUCUCUUGAAAAAUAAAAAAUAAAAAUUCUUUCGCCUUAACUAAAAGUAAAAGCUACUGCAUUCAAAUGAAGGAAACAGUUUUAUCAAACGUUGUAUGUGGAUCAUAACAUGUAAACAGUAACUGUUUGAUCACAUAAAGCAACUUGCCAGCGCAGUGGGAUAUUUUUAAUUUUCAAGAAAACAGAUAUAUGUACAAAAAAGUAGAAUCAUACCUAACCUUGUGUCGAUGAUUGUAUUUAACAUCUCAUUUUUAUAAUGACAGGUGUCCCUGGGGAUAAAGCCGUGCCAACUUUACCCACUACAGAAUCUGUUGGAGUUGAAACAGUUGACAAAGGCAUUCAAGAAAAAAUAUAUAUGGAAGCAGAAUCAACAGUGACAGAUACCACAGAUGUGCAGAGACGAGAAAAUGAUUUUGAGGAGAAAAAGAAAGCUCCCGAGGUUUGGAUGGAGUUCACGAAAAUAAACUAGAAAAUAAUAGAUAAUUAACUUGCAUUUUUUACCCUUGCACAUGAUAAUUAUGUAUUCAUGUCAACAGAAAUUUAUUUAUUUUCCGAGCAUACAACAUCUGUAAGUUCUGACACAGUUUAUGUUAAAAUAGGCAUUUGAUCAACACGAAGUGUCACACCAGUCAAGCAUGGAAAAUGAACAGAAAGUUGAACUACUAGCUAAAGGGAAGAACCUGGAGAUCUGUGUUAUAAAGCAUCCAAAUCUGGAAGGAAAGACCGCAGAUAUAAACCCAAUUAGUGAUACUGAAAAACAUGAAAAGGAUCCAGGGUCAUACACAGGAGAGAAAUUAGAGAUCAAGGAUGGUGGGAA